AUAGUUCAAACUAAUUAUUGGAGUAGUAAGAUAUGCGUCUAAUACUAUUGAAAAAUUAUUGAUCAUUACUACUAUUAAUUGUUACAGUCACUUCCGUGUUUACAAGAUUUAUAAAAUUGGUUACUUAAUGUGUGUCUAUUUGUUUUUAUGAGAUAAUAUUAUUUUUAACCUGAAGAUACUCUUGUCCUAACCUAUUUAAUGUUUGGUUACAAUAUUAUUUCAUAUUUUAAAUCAAAAUGGACGAAGAUUGUAUACAUCCGAAUAAUGUUGAAUGUAUUUAAAAAUAAAAUAUAUAAUUAAGUGAAAAUAUUUUAUAAUGAAUAUAUUCAGAACAGUAUCAUAUAUAUCUCGUAGAGCAUAUAGUAGAAAAAAUGUUGGUAUUCGAGGUAAAUUAAAGAUAUUAGAAAGUACUAAAUCAGAAGUUAACCUCGAAGAAUUGGAUUCUCAUGAUUUAGAUGAAUUUGAAGCAGAAUUCAUGAAUGCUGAGAAAUUUUAUGAAGAUUAUGAGCGGGAAGUGAUAAAAUCUAAACGAUUACUUAAGAAUCAGAUUGUUGCAACCAAAUAUUUUAAAAAAGACAAAGAUCCUAACUUUCUUACAUCAGUUGAAAAAGAUCAAAUAUUGAAACUGCAUCAAAGCAAUCCAGAAGAAUGGACGGUAGAAAUGUUAAGUAAAAGUUUUCCAGCUUUACCUGAUACUAUUAAAAAAAUUUUGAAGUCAAAUUGGUCUUAUAAAUCAGUAGAACGAAUUUUGCAAUAUGAUGCUACUGUUAUUAAUAAUUGGAAACUAUUUCAGACAGGAAAAUUACCUGUCAGUCCUCUUUUACGAGAACAUCUAUUAAAAUUUAAAGAUAGAACAAUUGCUUUGUCUAACAGGCAUGUUUUAGCAGAAAAGUUAAUACCACCGAAAUCUGAACUUCCAAAACCAAAAAGUACAUUUUUUAUAAAUAUUGUACAAAGUUAUUUAGAUCAGAAUAGAAGUGAUCAAUGUAAUAACAAAAUAUUGCAAAGUAAUACAGAAGCAAUUACAGAUACAAAUCUUUCAAAUAAUACUAUUAAUGAUAAUACUAUUUCAAAAAAUAUCCUUGAUAAAGGAAAUCUUAUGAAAAAAGAAACAUUGCAUAAAAAUAAUGUAGCAUUAAUCGCAUACAAUCUAGACUCAUCUAAAAAAAAAAUGACUUUCAAUGAGUUUGCAAAGAAAGAACUUACAAGAAUUUAUGCAAAAUGUCCAGAAAAAAGCAUUACAUUACUAAAUGCUUAUAAAAAUCACCUUAACAAACUUGAUAAUACAUCUUCAGAUAUUAAUGACAAUGUUGUAAAAUCAAAACAUAUACAAGUAUUAGAAGAGGAAGAAGAAAAAAAAGAAUUGAAUUUUUCAAAUUCUGAAACAUCAAACCAAGAAAAAACACUGACUUCUUUAAAAAAAAGUGAACUUUCCCAGCUUGUUUCUACAGACAAAAUUAAUACUAAAUUAGACACUUAUGUGAAGGCAUGGAACAAAAAAAUAAAAGAACAUGAAGUAUAUUCACAACCAAUACAAAUUCCACAAAAAAUAUACCAAAAAGGCAAAACUUACAGAAUUUCUGAUUGUUAUUAUGAUGAUGAUGGAGAGUUUUUAUAUAGAAUACCAGGUGUCAGAAAUUAAAGAUAAUAUAAAUAAAUAGGUGUGUGUGUGUGUGU